UUGUAUUUUACCUUUCUUUCUUCGUAGAAAAUGUAUUUAGCACUAAAUUCUUAUUAUCAGGCGCUCAUUUACAUUUUUAUUCAACGUUCAAAGCAGUAAGCGAAACGCUUUUGUCAACUGUAAACAGCAAGCGUCUAUUGACGUCUUACUGAUUAAUUACUAUGAGCAUUGCGUACUGCAAGAAACCCGAACAACACCGAUUCCAAAAACUUACCACGAAUUUUCAACUCGAUAGUAAUGUCUGUACACAGUUUUAUUCAUUUUCUUUUUCACACGUCUAACCGAAGUGAUGAAUUGUGUAUGCUGUAUCAAUGAACAUACACAACAUUUUAUUUAACGACAUUUUUGAUUAUCAUUGGGAGUUGUAAAUUAAUCUUAAUGAUGAUACUUAAUAAUAUCAUUUUCUCAGUAACCAUAUAUAUAAUCAAACAAACCCACACCUUUCGGGAAUUGUAAUAGCACCGAACCAUGCGGACCGUCAAGUCAAAUGAGCCGUGCCAUGAGAAAACCAACAUAGUGGGUUUGCGACCAGCAUGGAUCCAGACAAGCCUGCGCAUCCGCGCAGUCUGGCCAGGAUCCAUGCUGUUCGCUAACAGUUUCUCCAAUUCCAAUAGGCUUUAAAAGCGAACGGCAUGGAUCCUGAUCAGACUGCGCGGAUGCUGGUCUGGAUCCAUGCUGGUCGCAAACCCACUAUGUUGGUUUUCUCAUGACACAGCUCAAAUUAAGUUGUACAAACGCAGCAUGACCAUUUAUGAGUAUGAGUAUUUAUUAUUCAAAAUACACUUACAAUAUUAGUUAGUGCAAUGAGUUAUGAAAUACAUAUCUAAUUAUCUAAAACGUUUUCAUCAUUCUAAAAAGAUCUUUCAAAGUGUGCAGCUUAAAGUGUUAGAAACGAUGGAAUUUCUUUGCUUCUUAUUAAAGUCAUUUUUCCAUUUAUUAUUAUGUUUUGACUACCUAAGUACAGCCGCUGCUCAGGAAUCUUAUAAAUACGAGAGGCUAUAUGUAAAUAAGAGACUGCCAUAUCCAUUCGCUACGUUUUCAGAUAUAUCCUCAAUACAGUGUAUAGCAGAGUGCAGUCACACGGAUAAAUGCGUGGGUUUCACGUUCAAUCAGAUGAGUACACAGUGCGACCUGUCCGAACACUAUCUACCAUUUGCAGGGAAUUUGCUUGAGAGUCAGGCUGGAGCUAGCGUCUACUAUCCUAAAGUUCUGCAGUGUAACCUUGUCUAUUCAACACAUUUGGCGAGCGGGUCCAUUAACACCAUCACGUCUCCAAACUACCCAGGCUACUACCCGCACAAUAUGGACCAGUACUGGUUGAUUGUAAAACCAACAAGAGUUUCCACCCUUGAGAUAGAAUUCCAGCCGAUUGAUGUGGAGCUUUCAGAUGGUUGCGCAUACGACAGUGUCACCUUUUAUAGUGGGUUCUGUCCGAGUGAGGAACUGGUGAUAAACAGAGUGUGUGGCGCAGCAAAUUCUUACACGUUUCCUGCCUCCAAUACCCUCCACAUUCUUGUUCGCUUUCUCACAGAUUCGGACAAUAUCAACGACGUAAAUCAUGUGGGUUUCUCUAUAAAGUUUCGAAUUCUCUAAGAAUGUAGAUGGUUGUCUUUUUCAUAUCAGUCAACACACGAACUCUGUAGAGUGUAAUCCACACUUCAGACACUUUCAAACAUUCUACAGUGCACUUUCAUGAAAGAAAUGCUAUUAAUUAUAGUGGCUGAUUUCUGCCAUUUCGACAUUUUGUUCUGUCGCAGCGACACAACGACAAACGUCGUUAUGGCGCCCCGGACGAAAAAAGUACUUAGUUAAAAUUUCUAUUUUCAUUUAGUUGUGAGACAAUAAUAUCUGCUGUGGCAUAGCAUAUAUGUGUUUUGUCAUAUAUGAAGGUUUCGAACAGGCUUUUGAUAUAAACAGAUACCUUUACUUAUCGAAAACGUGUAUAGUGUUGUGAUACUGUUUAGUUAAUGAUUCCUUGCGUAAAAACUACUUUUUUCACUGGAUCCGCCUAUGUAUCAACGGGAGAAAAAUCGUGUGCUGUUAAUUAAUACAUGACUUAAAUAUAUUUGUAUAUAUUAUGUAUAUGUUUCUGCACAGAUUGACAUCUGGUAUCUGCGUCUUGUUUCUUUCAUAAAAACCUCUCUUUUAGCAUAAAAGAUGCAAUCUAAUCCAUAGAAUGUUUUGAUGUAUCAGUUACCAACGCCAAAUGCACUGCUCCCAACACUAUUCGUACUCACUUCUCCCCUUGUUUACUCCCCUUUUAGAAGUCGGCGUCGAUACGUGCGCGAUUGUUUGUUUUUAGGAAUCAUAUUAAUGAUUUUGGUUAGUCUCUCGGUAUGUUUUAAGCUCAUUUCUCGAAGAAUUUAUAUAAAAAGCUUGAAAGCUUGUCACUAAGUUCGUACUCAUCCGUACUCGAAGUGUGUUCAUACUCAAAAUAACUCGAAUGUAAAUUUAUUAUUCUUGAAAACUGUGCUCCUGUUUACCAAAUCUUUAAGUAAUAUGCAAAAUUAUUGGUAAUUACAUGUUUCUAAUAAUGAGAGAUAACAAAAUCGUUUAAAAAUUCAUGUUUCUUAUAGUGUUAUUGAUUUCUGGGCCCUGGUUAUGGAUAUUUAAAACAUGUUUACCGUUUCCAAGAACAACAGAAUAGUAACUAAAAUGUACCGGAAUCGCAAAUGAAAACAAUACAUUUAGUCGUCGUGUUAUAUUUUCAUGCAAUAAUAGCGAUUUGUUUUGUGCAUUAACGUCUGCAGAAGCCCUUGGGAUAUGUUUACCUUCGGUCUCGGUCACAAACAUUCCCAUGGGCUUCUACAGACGUUAAUACACUAAAAUUUGUGUAGUAUCCCUACAUUAUGUUUUGCUUUUAAUGUUGCAUUUUUGUUCUUGCCAUUUAAUGUAAAACUUCAUGUAAAAUUUUAAUGCCAUUUUACAAUUUUGUAUAAUUGAGGCAUUAAAGAACUAAAUUAAACAAAUCUAUAAGAAGAUCUUUUGAAACAUGGAGCCGAACCAAGAGAAAUGACCGACAGAAGACUUGGUUUGGUUGAAUCUGUUCAUGUAAGGUAAUUAAAAAAAUAUUGAAUGAAUUACAUGAACUCAAAGGAUAAAAAAUGAAUAUAGAUAAGAGGCGACAUUUCAUUGUCUGAUAGCAGCACUUAUAUAACACCAAACUGUCGACUUUAACAGUUAUAUCAAGAUAUACUUGGAAUGAAAAUGUAUCUUCAGUACUCAGAAAGAGAACGCCACACUUUUGGUGAAAUCUACGUCCGUUCGAAAGUAUAAUUAUGGGCUUAAAAUGCAUGCAUUGUUUGUUAUAACAUAUUCUAACACUACUCGAUUUAUUUUCCUGUUAAAUACGAAGGCUGACAUUGUGUGUUAUUAUUCAACAGUUCACUGUUUGUAGCGUCAUAGCGUCAGGUUUUAUUUGUUAGAAUUAUAUCUCAAACAGUGGUUUGCUUUUGAAUAAAGUCAUUGUCAUUCUGAUGCGUAUCAGUUUAUCACCAGGACCGCACCGUCGUGAUAUUAUUCCAGCGCAUCUGUACUCCAAAAAUUAUUUUGUUCACCUAAUAUUUCUUAAAUAUUAUUAUUGUAUUAAACAACAUCGUCAUGCACAUACUUUCGUAUACUACCUUCUUAAUAAACUUAUUGUACUUGCA